UCUUCCUCUUUCUCUCACUAAAACCCUUGUUUCCUUCACUCGCCGUCGCUUUUCCCGUCAUCGGAAUCUUCAAAUUCGACUCUCGCUUCACUACGAUCCAUGUCCGGUGUCGUACGAUCUUCUCCCGGUUCUUCUCAGCCGCCACCGCCGCCGCCGCACCAUCCACCGUCAUCUCCGGUUCCGGUUACAUCUACGCCGGUUAUACCACCUAUACGUCGUCACUUAGCUUUCGCCUCAACAAAACCUCCGUUUCAUCCUUCCGAUGAUUACCAUCGAUUUAACCCUUCUUCGCUCAGUAAUAAUAACGACAGGAGCUUCGUUCAUGGUUGUGGUGUUGUAGAUCGGGAGGAAGAUGCUGUCGUUGUUAGAUCUCCUAUUUUCCCCAGUGAGAUUGGUUUAGAAAUUCGAGGAUGUUUUGGGGAUUUCGAUUGCUACUUGUUGCUUCUAAGUCUGAUUCAAAAGCUUCGCAGCGUUAGAUUAUCGUCGAUUCGUGUCAAUUUUUGUCGUUUGUUUAGCUUCGCGAUGUCACGAAAGAGAAAGGCGACAAUGGAUAUGGUUGUUGCUCCAUCUAAUAAUGGAUUCACGAGUUCUGGUUUCACUAACAUACCUAGCAGUCCCUGUCAAACUCCUAGAAAAGGGGGCAGAGUCAACAUCAAGUCAAAGGCCAAAGGAAACAAGUCAACUCCUCAAACACCCAUCUCGACAAACGCUGUUAGAUCCUUUUAUGAAAUAUCUUUCAUGUCUAGAGUAACAAGUCUCCUUACAAAAAAGUUCGUCAAUCUAAUUAAACAAGCCAAAGAUGGAAUGCUGGACCUAAACAAAGCUGCAGAAACAUUGGAGGUGCAGAAACGACGUAUAUAUGAUAUUACAAACGUUUUGGAGGGGAUAGAUCUCAUUGAAAAGCCUUUCAAGAAUCGAAUACUUUGGAAGGGAGUUGAUGCGUGUCCUGGCGAUGAGGAUGCUGACGUAUCUGUAUUACAGCUGCAGGCAGAAAUUGAAAACCUCGCCCUCGAAGAGCAAGCAUUAGACAACCAAAUCAGAUGGCUUUUUGUAACUGAAGAGGAUAUCAAGAGUUUACCAGGUUUCCAGAACCAGACUCUGAUAGCCGUCAAAGCUCCUCAUGGCACAACUUUGGAAGUGCCUGAUCCAGAUGAAGCGGCUGACCACCCACAAAGGAGAUACAGGAUCAUUCUUAGAAGUACAAUGGGACCUAUUGACGUAUACCUCGUCAGCGAAUUUGAAGGGAAAUUCGAAGACACAAAUGGGAGUGGUGCAGCACCACCAGCAUGCUUGCCUAUUGCUUCUAGCUCAGGAUCUACAGGACACCAUGACAUCGAAGCCUUAACUGUUGACAACCCAGAAACUGCUAUUGUGUCUCAUGAUCAUCCUCAUCCUCAACCCGGCGAUACCUCUGAUCUUAAUUAUUUGCAAGAGCAAGUAGGAGGAAUGCUUAAGAUUACUCCCUCUGAUGUUGAAAAUGAUGAGUCGGACUACUGGCUUCUCUCAAAUGCUGAGAUUAGCAUGACGGAUAUUUGGAAAACUGACUCUGGUAUCGAUUGGGAUUAUGGAAUAGCCGACGUGAGUACUCCACCACCAGGAAUGGGCGAAAUAGCACCAACAGCUGUUGACUCAACCCCGAGAUGAUCGAAUACCAAGCACACUUCUCAACUUCUGAUCCCAAAUGUGUUACCUCACAACACUCCCUAAAAUCAUAUACAAGGAGGGAGCAACUACAGAACGUGUAUGAACCAAUGGCAGGUGCGUUCCAUACAAUGUACCAUUAGAUUAUGAUUCAUUUAUCGCCUAGAGUGAUGUUGUAGAGGAGCACCGAGAAACUAAUGUAAGUUUAACAGAGAAUGUACUUCAUCGGCUGCAUUGGUACACUAUUUGAUUAUAAUAUUUUUGACCACUCAAAUGCAUCUUUAUAAUCAGCUA